AUGGCGGGAGUUCUUUUUAUUCUACUUUUGUUGUUUAUGUUUUUCCGGACUACCCUCGCCCUGUCAAAUUGUACUCACCUCUUCAACACGGCGGUUAUCAAUAACGACACACUCUUUAUCGAUGGCGGUGAAAUGCAUACUCUCUUACCAAAUGGGACCAUCACCACGAAAGCAAUCUACGAUCUUGAAACUGUCGACCUUUCCAAGUCAUGGAAGAACUCAGAUUCUGACCUAUUCAACUACAUUUCAAAGCCCUAUAACGCAUCACAUCCGGAUAAAUAUCCACCCACGAUAAAUAAUGGAGCCUCCUGGUCUGACGGUGAAAAUCUUUAUUUCUACGGCGGCUACGUUAGUGACUGGGGUGGCCCCCCAGUACCACCCCUCGGAACUUGGAGAUAUAUUAUCGCAGUCAAUAACUGGACUAACACCGGGUUUUGGGGCGUUCCCCUUGUAAGACUUAGCGAAGGAGGGUCGAUGCGGUCCUCAGUCGAUAAAAAAGCCUACUACCUAUCUGGCAUCCUUCACCCGGCUGGGAACCCCAGCUUUGCCGGGACACCAGGAGCGGAUGUGUACAUAGUGUCUGGGCUUAUUUCCCUAAACAUGGCUAAUUUGGAAUGGACUAAUUAUUCCACAUCUGCUAUAAACAAUUAUGGAACAAUCGGAGCCGGAUACGUGGGCCUUAUUGAAUCUGUCGGCGACAAAGGUGUUAUAGCUGCCUUUGGUGGUGAAACUGGCGGCGCAACCAUAACCGAACCGGAACACGGGUUUAACAGCUCUUCACUGAAAGACUUUAUUCAGCAAACGCUCCGUAAGGCCUACGACGAGCACGGACUCAGUCCCCUCUGGUUCAUCAAAAUCAACCCCAGACUCAGCGAAAGACGAUUCUCACGGAGGCUCGUUAUCCGGCGGUAG